AUGUCCCGAGCGGAGGAUCGCGAGGAGGCGGACUGCGUGUGCUCCUUCGGGAUGAAGUCCACUUGGGACAUCAACGACCCCAAACUCCCGCAGGACACCAAGCAGUUUGACGCAUUCCAGGAGUGGACGGACGGCUACGUGCGUUACAUCUACAGCGCGGAGGACAAGAACGCUCAGCGCCACCUGUCGGGCUGGGCCAUGAGGAACACCAACAACCACAACUGUCAGAUCCUGAAGAAGUCUUGCUUGGGCGUGGUGGUCUGCUCUCGCGGUUGCGCGCUGCCCGACGGUUCCCGACUGCAACUGCGGCCCGCCAUCUGCGACAAGGCGCGACAGAAGCAGCAGAAGAAGGUUUGUCCCAGUUGCGGCGGCGCUCUGGAGCUGCUGCCGUGUCGAGGGCACAGCGGUUACCCCGUCACCAACUUCUGGAGGGUGGACGGGAAAGCCAUCUUCUUCCAGGCCAAAGGGGUCCACGACCAUCCCAGACCAGAGUCCAAGUCCGAGACGGAGGCCAGGAGAAGUUCUGUAAAAAGACGAGUAAGCUCACCGCCGUUCGCACCCAAAAGGCGCCUCGUUGAAUCCCAGGCUCUCGGCCCCGCCCUGCUUUCCUGCGCCGAGUCGGCCGAGCGGCUCUCCUUUAUCGAACCGACCUUCCCUCAGCAUUACCCGGCCUUCCAAAGCUCGGAACCCUACUACAACCCUCACAACGCGCUGGGAGAGAGUUCUCCCGCCGCGCAAAAGACGGCCAAUCCCAGGCUCUACAUGGGGAGACCCGGAUACGAGUUCCAAGGCUACCUGACCUCGCCUUCCUAUCCGGUGGCCUCGGACUUCUGCGACCCCAGGGUGGCUCCGGUCCUCGGUUGUCAGACGUCCUCGACGGCCGCGCCGCUCUCCUCUCCUUCCUUCGACGCGCCGCUCCCGAAACCCGGCUGGAAGGAUCUCCUGAAGAAUCCCGGGUCCUACGGCGACAACCACCAUUAUUACGGUCCGGACUACCCGUGCCGCUACUCGGGAAACCCCCCGGCGUCUCCGGCCGCGCUGCAGACCAUCAUCACCACCACCACCAAAGUGUCGUAUCAGCCGUGUCCCAAGGGCGGCGCCUACCAGUCGUGUCCAAAAGUUCAGCCGGGGCUCCCCGGCUGCUCCUCGUCGACGGACGAGUCCUUCUCGGCCCAAGUCAAAGUGACGGAGGAGUCCGGGGGCGUCAUCAAGUCUCUUUCAUUUCAGCCCGAAGUGGUGCAGACAAAAACGGAGCGAGCCGACGCCUACGACUAUCGCUACGGCUACGCCAACGCCUUCCGCUACGACGACUACUGA